AUGGAAAAACGUUCGCUGGGACUGGUACUUGCUUUGGUGACAAUCUUUAUUUCUUUGCCUUUGCUCUUGGCUAAGCCUAACAACAAAAAUAACGGCGACUGUCCAAAACCGAGAGGGAAAGAUUGUACCACAGAAGAGGACAGAGAAAUCAUGAGGUGUUGUCUUGAGAAGUAUAAGAAAGGCUUUGAUGAUGUAAGAGGUCAAGGUUCCCCCUUGCCAGGACAGGAUCCGCCUACCUGCCAAACUGAUCUGGUAAGUUCUCCUUUGUUCAGCAGCGGAUCUGAUUCUUUCCCACCAUGGAGUGUUGUGCCACACGUACCAUGCACUUAGGUCAAUAAUCAGAAGUAAACACAAAUAUCAACUUCACGUUUUGUACGCUAGUAAAUAUACUCAAAACCAUAUCUUUAUAAUAUUAUACAAUUCAAACAACUUGAGCCAGCUUUUGAUGUUAACACACUGAGAAGCUUAUGCAUUUUGAUAAAUAUGCUGUUGCUUUUUAUUGAUUCACCCGGCUAAGAUUCGGUUUCUGAGGCCCCGUACACCGGACGUAUCCGGAUAUUUUUAAAUCAGCAAUUUUUGUUCGCUCAAAAAACGGGGGGCAACGGUGUGUCAUAAACCACUCUGAUUUCAAGAAACGUUGCACUAUUUAUCUUUUGUUAGGAUUUGGCAGAAUGCCUUUCCAAAAGCAAAUGCUACGCAGGGGUUAACAACGCCCUUCGCCUGCUCAUUCUCAAUCAACUCGUCUUCACCAAAAGAGUAAGAAUCUGCCAACAAAAAAAUUUCAGUCGCCUCUUGGAAGAAGCCGAGAAAGGUAAGAUUCAAAUUCUUUCGCCCAGUUCUUUUUGAUUUCUCUAUCUGUGUUUGUAUUGAAUUAGAACGGAAGAAAUGCACAGGUUAAAACGCUUAAAUGAGAAGCACGACCUGUAUAAUAGCCAUCAUAAAGUGUCCUCACAGCUAAAGCUCACCAAAUGAUACACAUACAUACAUUCGUAAGCUGUUUACAGGCAGUCAUAAAUGACAACUGAAGGAGGAUCGUGAGGUUAUCCCUGUAGUAAGAUCUCUCCUUACAGAUACACUAUGUCACUUACCAUCCCAGGAAAGGUUGGCCACACCACCGGGGUCUACAUCCCCUACUCUUUUUGAACAUUGGUGUGGGUUCUUCAACGUCCCACAUGAACAGAUCAAUGAAAGUGCUGUAAGACGGGACCUACCGUUUUUCGUCCUUAUCGGAGAAGACUAGAAAGUCUAACCGUUUGCAGAUGUCAUUACAAAGCCAGCACUUUCUUCUCAGUAAUUAAAAGACCCUGAGUGUUGGUCCGGCCAGUGUUUGAGACCGCGACCUCCCGCUUGGCAUACCGGCGCACUCCCAACAGAGCUAACCAGGCGGCGGUGAAAUGAUACAUAUAAUCAUUUUAACAACGAAACACAACUCGUUUAAAUAUUAGGCAAAUAUAAAAGACAAUACCCGCAUUCAGUCCUGGUCAUAAAUAUCUUGUAUACCGCCAUGCUCACAACCAGCAUAGCAGAUUUUGCGAACAAAACGUUCCAGUGUGGUCGUUGCAAGCUCUUCUUUCCUUUACCUCGCCGCACAGCUUCUUCGGCACCUAUUUCAGUUAUUGCCAAACCCCUGUUAUCCACCUAGAUCUGCAUUCUUCAUCGGAUAUUCUAGCCUCCCAUGCAUAUGUUCUUCGGGGUGUGGGUGGGGGACCUCAGUCAUUUAUUGUUUAUAGUUAAAGAGGCUGGACUCAAAGGACACAUAUAUCCAUAAGUACGAUUUAUAACGGGACCUAUGAACUUCCACAUUGCGAUAAGAAUGGCCACCACUUGCACUCGUUUUUCUCGACGUAGGAAUUGACCAAUAGCACGUAUCACAAGGGAGUUAUUUAGUUCUUACUGCAGCGAUUUUAUGUCAGCGAGCCCCCACAAAAAGGCUGAUCGAGUAAUAACGAGGAAUAGAAAAGGAUAUAUAGCAGAUUGAUCGAAUUUCAAGGAAGUAAAAUAACAGGUGCAGGGGAACUAAUUUUCCCUUCCCAUUCCUGUUAACUACGUGCGUCCCCUUCCGCGCUCGUUAUGGUCACGUUAUUCUCAGUGAUAUUUUCCCGAUGUUCCUUACCAACGAGCUGGUACAAACUGGGUAAGAAAUGAUAUGCCUUUUAUUGUCAUGUCAUCACUUAAUAACAAACUAAUAUGAUUCCGAGCAUUAUGAGUCCCACAUUCAUACGAAAAGAAAAAACAACAACAAACAACAACAACAACAACAACACUGGCAGCUGUCUUUCAAGUUUUCCUACACAAUGCAAUCCCUUUUAUUCAAAUAAGUAAUGGCUAACUGCUUUCAUCACUUUUUUCUCUGUCAGAACAUUUAACGGGACUGAGCAAUAUCAAGGAAAUGGGUACGUACACUAUAAAAAGAACACGUGUAGAACAAUUGUAAACAGAGAAAAAAGUUACAACAACAGCUGCUAUGGUCAGGUAUCGUGUCCUCCGCAGUCUCUAGAAUCUGUAUAUGUUCACUGCUAAUUCUAUGCAAGUCGUAGUUGUCAGUUAAGUAUUGCGUCUCCCCGGUGCAGCCUCCAUGCAUUCUAUCGUUGCACUCCGAAGUCUCUAGAAUUUGUAUAUUUUCACUGCUAAUUUUAUGCACGUCGUCGUUGUCAGUUGAGUAUUGCGUCUCGCCGGUGCAGCAUCCAAGCUUUCUGUCUUUGCCGUUUGUCUUUCUUCGCAUUGCUACACAAUCGGUAAGAUUUGUACUUCCUACGGGCGAUCCCGCAACUAUUUGAAGGAUUGUUUUUGAUUAGCUGGGAAGACAAUAGGGAUUGUCACAUAACAAUGCCCCUAUCCCUGAAAACAAUACGAAGUGCAGAUUAAAGGGGACCAGUGAAAAAAGAGGUUUAGAACGGUGCAGGUCUACUGCUUGCUAGUGCCUCUUUCUUUCAUAAGUUCGUUUUACUUAUUUUUAUUUUUCUAUUAAUUUCUGUUUAGCAAACCUCUAUUUGUCACCAGGAGAAGCGUUUGCGAAGCGGCAAUCUUUGAUCCUUGUACAGCGAUAUGAGUAUCAAUAAAAAUCAGUUAUACGGUUUGCCGUGACAACAACUGUAAUUUUGAUUAACUGACGUAGGCGAGUUUUUCUAAAAUUCAACAUGUCUAGUUGAUGUUGUUAUUUUUAGCGGAAUCUUUCAAUCAUACACUUCUGUAAUUUCUUUAACCAUUAAUACGUAUUGUUUUAUUGAGAAACGAUGUAAUAAACAUGUCACGAGCACGGGACAAAGAAAUAAUCUGAGUUCCCGACAGGAAUUGAACCUAUGACCUCUGUACACGGGUCUUAUGCUCUAACCACUGAGCUACGAAGGACUCGUGGCGAGCUGGGCCAUAUACAAGGUUCAUGUAUGACAUGCGUCCUGCGUACUACUAGGAUAUCAAAAAAAUGUCGAAAUCGUCAUGUGGGUGAUGAAUAAAGAAUGAUGAUAAAUUUUAAGCUCGGUAAAGAAAUGAGGAAUGAUAUAAUCAACAUGUCACGAGCACGGGACAAAAAUAAAAUCUGACUCCCCGACAGAAAUUGAACGUGUAACCUUCCGUACACCGGUCGGAUGCUCUAACCACUGAGCUACGAAGGACUCGUGGCGAGCUGGGCUAUAUACAAGGUUCACGUAUGUAUUGUUUUCUUGUUGAAAAGCCUGUCUAUGUGCUUAAAAGAAUCGUUUCAAUUCUGUUUUAACUCAACAGAAAGUUUGCCUUAUGACCAGUGCGCUCAAGAUGUGUACCUAGAGUGCGGCAGAGAGUUCAGGGAAGUUUUACAGAGUUACCCUGAUGGCUUCAGACCGAGUGAAUUGUGUUUUGUCUUCGUUCAUGAGGGAAACUGCAACACAAGGGAGGCCCAAAAGAGGAAUUGCGGUGAAUCCGCUGUAUUGAACCGGUUCAAACUUAAUUCAUUUAAGGCAGCUGGAGUCGUUCUGCCCGCUUUGUGUUCUCUGCCUGACAAAGCAAAGCGAGGCAAUUAG